AUGUCGCCGUCAAGCAACUUCUUCCGUAUCGCCCGCCCAGCAUUCCGCGCCCGCCACUUCUUCCGGCCUAAGUACAAUGGUGCCCGUUUUCAAAGUACCGCCGCCAACCCGGAGGAGCCCUGGCUCAAGCGCAUGUGGAACAGUCCCGUAGGCCUGAAGACUGUGCACUUCUGGGCUCCUAUCAUGAAAUGGGCGCUUGUUCUGGCUGGUGUGUCUGAUUUCGCGCGUCCGGCCGAAAAGCUGUCCUUCACUCAAAAUGCGGCUCUUACUGCUACCGGCUUGAUCUGGACUCGUUGGUGCCUGAUCAUUAAGCCCAGGAACAUCUUGCUCGCCACUGUCAACUUCUUCCUUGGAUGUGUCGGUGUUGUUCAGGUCACCCGCAUCGGCUUGUAUCAAUACUCGCUCAAGCAGAAAGAAAAGGAGGCACAGAAAUCCGAGUAA